CUUUGAUUUAAUAAUAUGAUUAGAAUUAGUAGAUUGUGACCUUUUGAUUAUCUUUGUGGUUUGUAACCUUUGCGUUUUCCACCGCGCAAGCGUAGUUGUACGGAUACAAGUCCAAACAAAACAAAAUGCCGCUUUUUCCAUUUGGCGAUAAGUUUUCCCCUAAGAAAACCCCACCACGUCGCGCUCAGUCACUGUCUAACCUCCACCUUGACGCUGAGAAAUCCAGAGAAGAGUUUGGGCCUGAUGUAGGUCCAGUAAAGCUGAAACUUGGUGGCCAAGAGGUUGCAUUUGAAAAUGGAAUGUGGAUACAAGAAUCUGGACCAAACGCUGCCAGUCAUAAGGAAGUUAUGAAGCUUCGAAAAGACAACCAAAAUUUGACUGAAGAAAAUAAUCUCCUUAAAUUGAAAAUAGACUUGCUAUUGGAUAUUCUUGCAGAGACAGCUGCAACAUCAAACUACUAUGAAAAGGAGUUGAAACAGUUAAAGGCAACUGGGAAGAAAAGAUGAAGAGCAGAAGUCUGGUAGAGCUGUGAUAUAUACAUGUAUCUAGGAACAUAUUCAUACAAAGAGGUUUAGCUUAAUAAUUUAGGACCAUUAAUCAUGGUCCAUGUCUGUACUUUACAUUAAAAAAAUUGUAACUUAAAGGUAGUCCGUCCUGUAAACAAUUGUAAGUUUUUGUGAUUGUGUCAUGUUUAGAUAAGUUAUUGGUUUACGUUGUAAAUAUAAUUAAUAAUAUAUAAUUUUGAAUGUAAAUACUUUUUAUACCUGUGUAUAUAGUAAUAUUUUUAUAAUAAAAUAUGUAACUUGU